UGGCUAACAAUGGCUAAACAGCUUGAACAGUUUUGAAACUCACUUUUCCGUAAGAUUUUUUUCCUGUUUUAAAUAUUAGACAAAAUAGAAUUUUAAGAAAAUGGUCCACUCUUGGAUUUUACAGACUGCUAUCAUAUCAUAUUUGUAUAUUUUAAUUCAAAUAUUACUUUGUGGCAACAACGCUUUGGAAAUACGAUCUGAAACAAGUUCUCAAAGAGGAAAUCUGUCCAAUCUUUUGGUAAGGGACCGUCUCCUGGAAACACGUCACGGAGUAGAGUCCGCCAUCUUCUGUAGUAUUUUGUGUCUUGACACCAAUCCGUGUGUUAGCUUCUUCUUUUCACCAAUUUCAUCUGAGUGUCGGCUACAUUCUGUUACUCUAGGAAACGCGUCAGCGGCAAUGGCUGAUAUUGGUUCUCAGUAUUUUGUGACACAGAAAGGAAUCGGCUAUAUAGGAGACACUUGUGGGGGUCACUCAGACUGUGUCACGGGGAACUCCGAGUGUCGGGGCGGACAGUGCUGGUGUGGGGCGGGGUACAGCUUCAACCCAAGACUAAAAUCUUGUGACGCAAAUUGUACAAUUGGAUACAGUGAUCAGUAUAUGUUGUACCGUCGCCAUUUUCUCCAUCAAAACAACAAAGUGGAGCAUGUUAAUGUGACUUUGGAACAAUGUCGCGAACUGUGUACUUCUGAAGCGUCUUUUACCUGCAAGACAUUCGAGUAUGGUUAUCUGUCAGAAAAAUGUAGCUUACAGGAAGUGACGUAUUUAGACGUGCCCGGAAUGUGGUACGAGGACAUUUACUAUUUUGAAUAUGAUCACUACCAAAGAGAUUGCUCGUAAAUCCUUAAAACUGAGAUUUUGUAAAACCUUUUACUUGAUGGAUAGGCCAAUGACUUUUGGAUUGCAAGUCCAAUUUUAUAUAAUUUUAAUGAAACAAAUGUAAUUUGUUUGU